AAAACAUCAAAGUAAAUGCACUUUAAAUAGUCAAUACAACUACAAUUUACUUUUAUGUCAGUAAGAAAUAUUCAUAUUUAUUUUAAAUAGCAGAUUAAGGAACUUUAUUUUGUUGGUUUUUAUUAUUAAUAUAUUUCGACCAAUAGACACAAGCGGCAAAAUGGCGGGUGUAGGCGUGACAAGCACUGUCGCUAAGCAAAACAGUAAUAUUUUAGAGGAAAAGAAACAGAUUGUUGCCGAUAGAUUGAAGAAAAGAGAUGAUGAACGUCUUGCAGAGGUGGAAAAACAAAAGGAGCAAAAGUCUGAAACAGCAUCUGCACAAGAAAGUGCAAAGUUCUUUCAUGAAAAAUUUGACUCUGGGAAGAAUGAUCUGGAAGAAGAAAUCAGUAACAGUGACUCAGUGGAUAAAAAUAAACUUGCUGACCAUUUUGACAAUUUGUCAGUUAUGUUCCAAAAAUUACAGAGAUUUCUUACAGAAUCAAGUAUGUUUUUACCCUCAUAUGAUCUUCGCAAAUCACAAGAUUUGCUUACUAAACUUCAAACAUUGAUUCAAGAAAAGAGGGAUGUGCUCCUUCCAAAAAAGAAGUUCGCAUUUAAGGCAAAGAAGAAAGGAACCCAACCAGAUAAAGUUUCAGAACCAAAGGUUGUUGAUACAUCUGCCUUUGAUGCUGUUAAAUUAGCAGAAUGCAAGUUAACAGACCAAGAAGGCAAACAUCUGUCAAUGGACAAGGCAAUUAAUCAGAAAGAUGUUGCUUUGGCUAAUCUCCGAUCAUGCACUGUGAAACUAAAUGGAGCUGCUUCAGCGGUUCACAUCAACAAACUUGAAAAUUGUACAAUUCUUUGUGGCCCUGUGUCUGGCUCAAUAUUUAUAAGAGAGUGUGUCAACUGUGUAUUUGUUGUUGCUUGCCAACAACUUAGAAUUCAUUCUACAACUGACAGUCAAUUUUAUAUUCAUGUAACAAGUAGAGCAAUAAUUGAGGACUGCUCUUCAGUCAGAUUUGGACCAUACAACUGGUCGUAUCCUUGUAUUGAUGAACAUUAUAACAUUUCCGGACUUGACAGAAACAGGAAUAGCUGGGAUGAUAUUGACGACUUCAAUUGGCUUGCAGCAGACAAACAUUCUCCAAACUGGAGCUUAAUUCCAGAAAAUGAAAGGAAGGAGCAGUGGGAUAUUCAGAAAGAUUAACCCACUACUUAAUAAACAUACAGUGAUUCUUAAGAUGAAUGUGAUCUGAUUCUGUUUCAACUACAUGUAAUGGUGUUAAGUAUCACAAUUAUGUUGAGUACAAUGAAGAAAAUUUUAGAAUACAACUUGAUAAAUUUUUAUUUUAUGUGCUUACAGUUUAAACAGUUGUGAUCAUUCAAAAUAAAAUCUUAAGAUAUUGUGA